GAAACAACUCUAAGUCCAGUCGAGAGGCAGCUUUCGCGGUGUUAGGACGUGGUUAAAAUAACGGUGACGUUUCUUAUCAGCAAGUUCUUCAGUGAUAGUGACACAGCAAAUAAUUACUAAAAUGCCUACUUAUCACAAGCCGGAAUCCAAAACCAUCCAAGAGCUAAAGGAUAUUGCUCAUAAGCUUCGUAUUCAUUCAAUUACCUCGACGCAAGCCUCUAAAUCCGGGCAUCCAACAUCAUGUGCGUCGAUUGCCGAAAUUAUGUCGGUGUUGUUUUUCAACACGAUGCGUUACAAAAUCUCGGCCCCACGAGACGCUUCAUCCGAUCGGUUCAUACUUUCCAAAGGACAUGCUGCACCCAUCCUGUACGCCGCGUGGGCUGAAGCUGGCCUCUUCCCGGUUGAGCAACUCAUGAAUCUCCGGAAAAUAGAUUCCGACUUGGAAGGGCAUCCGACUCCAAGACUGAACUUUAUUGAUGUUGGAACUGGAUCUUUGGGUCAGGGUGUUGCUGUUGCUAGCGGAAUGGCUUACAUAGGCAAGAACCUUGACAAAGCCGAUUACCGCACGUACGUUUUGGUUGGAGAUGGUGAAUCCGCCGAAGGUUCCGUCUGGGAAUCUCUUCAUUUCGCUGGUCAUUACAAGCUUGACAAUCUCUGUGUCAUCUUUGAUGUGAACCGGCUAGGCCAGUCGGAACCUACUUCAUUGCAACAUCAAAUGGAAGUCUACCGGAAGCGAUUGGAUGCAUUUGGUUUCAAUGCUAUUGUUGUUGAUGGUCACGAUGUGGAGGAACUUUGCAAAGCUUUUUUCGAGGCUUCAUCUACAAAGGACAGGCCAACGGCCAUCAUUGCCAAAACAUUUAAGGGAAAACACUUCCCUAAUAUUGAAGAUUUGGACAACUGGCAUGGAAAACCCUUGGGAGAUUCUGCCAACACAGUAAUUGAACACUUGCAAUCUCUUAUCCGUAAUGCUGGACCUGUAGCGAUUGCUCCACCUUCUCCGCAGAAGGAAAAUGCCAAGAAGGUCAACAUCAGUAACAUCAAGUUAGCGACACCACCAUCGUACAAACUCGGUGAAUCAGUCGCAACUCGAUUGGCCUAUGGCACCGCCCUGGCUAAAAUUGCGAUGAAUAACGAUCGUGUCAUAGCUUUGGAUGGCGACACUAAGAAUUCUACUUUCUCGGACAAGUUGCGCAAAGCAUUCCCAGAGCGCUACAUUGAAUGUUUUAUUGCUGAACAAAAUUUAGUAGGUGUGGCCAUUGGAGCAGCCUGUCGAGACCGUACCGUGGCGUUCGUUUCGACCUUUGCUACAUUCUUUACCAGAGCCUUCGAUCAGAUCCGUAUGGGUGCUAUCUCCCAGACCAAUGUUAACUUUGUCGGAUCACACUGUGGUGUGAGCAUUGGUGAAGACGGCCCCAGUCAGAUGGGUUUGGAGGAUAUUGCUAUGUUUAGAACUAUCCCCGGUAGCACCGUUUUCUAUCCUUCGGAUGCUGUCAGUACAGAACGGGCUGUUGAGCUGGCUGCUAACACUAAGGGCGUCUGUUUCAUUCGUACAUCACGUCCCAACACCGCUGUUAUCUACGACAACAAUGAACCAUUCCAGGCAGGCAAGGCUAAGAUUGUCAAACAAUCCGCCAACGAUUCUGUCUUGCUUAUCGGUGCCGGCAUCACUCUCUACGAAGCAUUGAACGCAGCCACUGAGUUGGAAAAAUCAGGCGUCCAUGCUCGUGUGCUGGAUCCGUUCACUAUCAAGCCGCUGGAUACGCAAACCAUCGUGCAAAACGCCAUCCAGUGUGGUGGGCGUAUUGUUGUGGUAGAAGAUCACUACAAGCAAGGCGGUUUGGGCGAAGCUGUUAUGUCGGCAGUCGCUGAUCAGCGUAAUAUUGUCGUCAAGCAUCUGGGUGUCGAGCAGGUUCCUCGAUCCGGACCACCGACCGUGCUUAUUGACAUGUUUGGUAUUUCGGCACGAAGCGUUGUGGCAGCCGUUAAUGAUAUUCUCAAAAUCUAAAGAUGACUGCCGGUCGGCUCAUUUUUCAAAACAAAAAAUAAUUCAUUCCGGGAUCCAGUGAAAACUGAUCCCUGAAAUGAACAACGUUUACUACAUUCCCUUUUCGAUUCGACAUUAUUCCCAGCUUUUACUGAUUAUCUUCUACAUAAAGCAAAAGUGCAUUUGUUCCUUAGACAUUAAGAGGGUUGUUUUUUUUUUGAAUAUAAUUCAAAAGUUUUCCUUUUCAUUGUUGUAAACAGCCAAAUUGGUACGAUUACUUAUUUUGUGUGAGACAAUAUGAUCAUAUCAAAUAAAAUUUUUGCAUAAAAUUA